AUGGUGGAGAGAAAAAUGAAUGUCCUUGUCUACUCAGGCAAUGGAAGUACGAUCGAGUCCGUCAGGCAUUGCCUGUAUACUCUCCGUCGUUUGCUCUCACCAAACUACGCCGUCAUUCCCGUGACUGAUACUGUCAUCCUUAAGGAACCCUGGACACCUUCCUGUGCCCUUCUUGUAUUUCCCGGAGGCGCUGAUUUGGGAUAUUGUCGAUCCCUGAAUGGGGAGGGCAAUCGACGCAUUCAACAAUAUCUGCGUCGAGGCGGAGCGUACCUCGGGUUCUGCGCUGGAGGUUACUAUGGUAGCUCAAGGUGUGAGUUUGAGGUGGGCAAUGGGAAGUUGGAGGUCGUCGGGCCUCGAGAAUUGACUUUAUUUCCUGGGAUUUGUCGGGGAUGCGCGUUCAAAGGCUUCGUAUACCAUAGCGAAGCUGGAGCGAAAGCUGUGAAGCUGCAAGUCAACAAGGAAGCUUUCAAAGGGGAGAGUGAUCUUCAAAGCUUUCGAUCAUACUACAAUGGCGGCGGUCUAUUUGUGGAUGCUGGAAAGUAUGCAGAUAAAGGCGUUGAGGUUCUUGCAACCUACGCGGACCCUACAGAUAUCGAUGGAGGAGAAGGACCUGCUGCUAUUGUAUAUUGCAAGGUCGGUGAGGGUAGAGCGGUAUUGACAGGUCCACAUCCGGAAUUUGCCGCUAUAAACCUCAACCCCAAUGCCAAUGGCCCUGGUUAUCCAAAAGUUGUGCAGGCAUUGGCUGAGGAUAAUGAGUCCCGGGUUAACUUCCUCAAAGCAUUAUUAACAAAGCUUGAGCUGGCCGUGAAUCAGGAGAAAUCUUCGGUACCUUCCCUCUCUCGCCUUCAUCUCUCAUCUCAACAUCAUUAUUUGGUGGGCGAACUACUCGCAUCAUGGGAAGACAUUAUUACUAUUGAAGAUGGCGAAGAGUACAUCAAAGGGGAGAAUGAUACUUUCCAUAUUGAGAAACGGAGUUCUCGGUGGUCCCUAAACUCUCUUGCCAAAUCACUUCCAUUACCUGGUCUGUCUGGCGCAAAUGUAGAGCAUGGGGCUGACGAGAAGUCCGAUUCCGGUUCGGAUGACAGAAUAGUCGACUUUAACGCGAUUGUCAAACGCAUAAUCCCCCAUGAAACGGACUGGCCCGGAACGAAAGAGACGCCUUGCUUCAACCACCAUUCGUUCUACGCAAACCUGAGGAAGUACCAGCAUGAGAGUGAAGGAGAGGCAGAGGACUUUGGGCAGGCGCUGAUGUAUGGGGAAGUUGUGACAAGUACUAAUACAAUACUGGAAAAGAAUCCGAAGUUGCUUUCCCAUAUCCCAGAAGGCUUCACAGUCACAGCAACUACCCAGGUGGCUGGCCGAGGUCGGGGCUCGAAUGUGUGGGUAUCGCCUGCCGGAUCAUUGAUAUUCUCUGUAUGCAUGAAGCAUCCAAUGGACCUCAGUAAUACAGCCCCAGUUGUUUUCAUACAGUACCUAGCAGCACUGGCAACUGUGGAGGGUAUAAAAUCAUACGACCCGGGGUAUCAAGAGACGCCUGUAAAAUUAAAAUGGCCGAAUGACAUAUACGCCCAAGACCCAACAAAACCAGGCAAGAAAGAGUACGUCAAAAUCGGGGGCAUCCUCGUAAACUCCUCAUAUUCCUCAGGGAACUACGACCUAGUGGUUGGCAUCGGCCUCAACACCACCAACGCCGCCCCAACAACCUCUCUCAACGCUCUUUUACCAUCCCACCUUCCCCCUUUCACCCUAGAAAAGCUCCUCGCGCGGAUCCUCACCAAAUUCGAGAUACUCUACAAAUCUUUCUGUCGCACGGGGUUCGAUCGGGCGAUCGAACAGAGAUAUUACGAUAAUUGGCUUCAUACGGAUCAGAUUGUGACGCUGGAGACGCAGGGAGGUGCCAGGGCUAGGAUAAAGGGAAUCACGAGAAAUUGGGGCUUGCUGCUUGCGGAAGAGCUAGGCUGGGAGGAUCGGCCCACGGGCAAGGUUUGGGAGUUGCAAAGUGAUAGUAACAGUUUUGAUUUUUUGAAAGGUCUCUUGAAACGGAAGGUUUAG